CAGAAUACAAAUCUCCAAUCCUCCUUUCCCACUUAUAACCACCAGUUAGGAAUCUUGUGCAAACAACCUUCAUCCCGUGCAAUGGAGACUACCGGAAAAGUGAAGAAAGCCUUCGGAGGAAGAAAAGCCGGCGGCCCGAAGACCAAAUCUGUCUCGAAAUCGAUCAAAGCCGGUCUCCAAUUCCCCGUCGGGAGAAUCACUCGUUUCCUGAAGAAGGGACGGUACGCUCAGAGACUCGGUGGUGGAGCUCCGGUUUACAUGGCCGCCGUUCUCGAGUACCUCGCCGCCGAAGUUCUGGAGCUCGCUGGUAACGCUGCGAGGGACAACAAGAAGUCGAGGAUCAUUCCGAGGCAUCUUCUUUUGGCGAUCAGGAACGACGAAGAGUUGGGGAAGCUUCUGAGUGGAGUCACGAUCGCUCACGGUGGUGUGUUGCCGAACAUCAACUCUGUUCUUUUGCCUAAGAAGUCUGCUAAAUCGACUGAGGAAGUUGCGUCCAAGUCGCCAGCCAAAUCUCCGAAGAAAGCUUAAUUGUUUCUCGACUUUGGGUUUCGUUCACCAGUUUGGUUAUGUGUUGGGUGCUUUCGUGUUUAGAAUUGGUGAAUGUAUAUGUAGAAAAAUCUAGUUUAAAAAAAAAAAUUAUGUAAUUUGGAUCUGUUUUCUCUUCAGAUCCAACUUUCUCUAAGUAACGACUUAUAAAAAUAUUUGCAAUUUGCGUCAA